AUGACUGUCGCUUCUCCACUAGUUCACAUGGAUUGCACAAAAGUGAAUCAUUUGUCCAAAGGACGGGAUAUCAUCAAGUCGCCCAACUAUCCACAACAGUACCCAUCUCCCACAAAUUGCACAUGGAUCAUCGACCACCUUUAUUCAUCAUAUUACGGUCCAGGAGCUCAAAUUACAAUCGAAGAAUUCGAGACUGAUUCACAAUUUGAUCAGCUGAAAAUAAGUGAAACUGUAAGCGGCGAUGGGCACUCGUUUUGGAUUCCAAAAGCCGUUUUAAAAGGCUCGCGUACAAGUGACACAUUGAAAUACGUGAUCGACUCUGCAAGAUUGCCGGCAAAAUUGGAAUUCAUCGGUCGAACGAAUACCUCGAACAAUUUUCGAUUUCACUUAGACGUUGAGCGGGGAUAUUACCAUUCAUGCAACAGAGGCUACUACCAGAUCGGCAAGAAAAUGCAAACGAUUGAGAUUGUCAUUGGAGAAGCUAAAAGAUGCCCAACUCUCAUGCUAGCUCCAGAGGGACAAACAAUUGAACUGAAAUUUGAUCGAAAGAAAGAAGCAAACAAAUUCUUCCUUAUCGACCUCAAAGAAUUGCAAGAACUUACAAAUUUUGACGAUUGUCUAAACACAACCUAUGUGACUGAAGGGAUUUAUCGAAGCUUCACAAAUAAAGUCAUUUUCGGAUCAUGCCAAGGAAAAUACGAAUCGAUUUCCUUUGAGGCAACGGCAAGAUCAAGUCGUUGUGAAUGCCAAAACACGGAGAUCAAGCUCGAUGUGGAUGAGGUGACGCAAGAGUUUGGAACUUUUGAGCCAUACACUCAUUAUGAGCUUUGCGAGAAGAUCGCUUGUCAGCAGUCGAUUAAACUCGAGUUGAGACCAAAUUUGACCCAUACUCCAAUCAUCAUUCUUGAUUAUCAUACAAAAGCUCUCCAUCCAGCCACUUUCAAUGUCGAAGCUCCAAAUUUCCCAUCGAUCAGCGGAAAGGUUUACAACUACACAUCCGUUCGUCACGGAUCGAUCAGCUUGGCCACCGACUGUGUGAAUGUUGUCAUUCAAAAAGGUGCUGUCAAAUUCCAUGUCUCGGCUCACUAUCUUCCGAAAGAGUGUACUUGUUUCCGUCCUACCCCCGGCAACGUGCUCGAGUUCUUCGAUCAAUCCGCCGUUCAUCGCUUCAAUUUCCCACACUAUUGUGCUCCAAUGGACUGCUGGAUGGUGAUCAAGAAUGACAAACCGGGAAAGAUCCUUGCCUUCAACAUGAGCUCAUCCGGUGUUUUGGAUACAGAUGAGCACCUGUCAUUGAUCUUUGAUGGAAAAGUUCAACGUGGUCUUCCCCUUCAAGGUGCUUUCACGACACAAGAUUUUGGAGAGGGAGCAAAAAACGUUUCCACAUAUUUUCUUCAUCUCAAAAUCCCCUCCGAGGACGCUCAACUCAACAAUGAAACGAUCAAAAAUGAGAUGUUGAACAUCGAGAUUUCGCUGAAAUGGAAAGAUCCCUGUAUCUGCAACAAUCAAAAAAGAACUUUGAAACGAGGAGAGAUUUUUCAUCUAACUUCUCCGGGUUUUGAACAAAACUCAAGCUACUGUGACUAUCUUCGAUGUGCCUACGACUUUUUGGCUCCAGCGGACACGAAAAUUCAACUCAACAUCACUUUUUAUGAUAUUCCUGAUCUCAGCGAUUCGCUUUUCUACGUGACUAACAAAGGCCGCUACUUUCUCAGCAAUGUCACCAUGGUCGAUACUGGAGUAAACGCAUUGCAAAUUCGUUUCCAUACCGAUGAAACGGAUGUUGGUCGUGGAUUUGAAAUUGCGAUCAGUUUGGCCGAUGCUUGUUCAAAAUCGUCUGGUUGGAUGAUCGUCUUCUAUUUGUUUGCCUCAAUCAUAGUUGUCGGCUUUCUUGCCUUUUUUGGUUAUAAAAUUAAGAACAAGACGCGUUUCUCGAAUCAAAUCUUUGUUCGCUUCAAGAACCCUGAGCACAUUCAAGGCUUUGGUCAACCCGAGAUGGAGGAAGCCAAUCAAGGAGGAGAUGAUUUG